UCCACGCAGCUCGUGACACCAGACACCCGCCGAGAGGUCGCAGAACACGCGGAUUAAAUCCACCAAACACUUAAGAAAAAAAGAAAAAGCGAAGAGGAUUAAAAAAAAAAAUAACCGGAACAAGUGGGACGGAUUAACCGACUGUAGACAGUUUGAAAGAAUUUAUUUCCACCUCUUGGAGUCACUGGGAGUUUUGUCAUCAUGAAGUUUUUCGCCGUUGCGCUCCUGCUGCUUCACGCCUUGGCGCUGUCCCGACUGGCGAGUGGCGCUGCGGUCGACAGGUAUGAGAGCAACAGGCACACGUCCGUCAUCAACCUGUUGGGCACGACCGCGGACAGGAGGGCGGAGGAGGAGAGCGGGAGCGUGGAUGCCACAACAGCGGAGUACCAGGAGGAGGAGGAGGGGGAUGAAUAUUAUUACUAUGACGAUGAAUAUGAGGACGGCUUGUCUGGAGACUAUGAAAUGCAGAUGCCAAGAGUCGCCAUGUCAAGCAAACCCAAAGACCCGUCUGCCAUCCUGGAGGCUGAAGAAGGAAAGAGAAGGAGGGGAAAGGGAAGAAAGAAGGGGAAAGGCAAGGGGAAGAAGAGGAACCCCUGCCUGAAGAAGUAUAAGGAUUUCUGCAUUCAUGGCACCUGCCAGUACUUGAGGGACAUCCGCGCCCCUUCCUGUGUAUGCCAUCCGAAUUACUCUGGCGAGCGGUGCGAGUUCAUCACGCUGCCGGUUCAAUCCCCCGAGGGCUACAACCGGACCACCGCUCUGGCCGUGGUGGCCGUGGUGCUGUCGUCCGUCUGCCUCACCAUCAUCGGCUUGUUACUAAUGCUCAGGUUUCACAAGCGGGGGGCGUAUGAUGUAGAGAAUGAGGAGAAGGUCAAACUAGGGUUAGCAUCCAACCACUGAGGAGACAAAGAGAGGCAAAGACGCAGAAAUUCUACCUCAAAAUAGAAAAGAGAAGUGAAGCGCAACAGGAGGUCCCGGAGGAAGCAUGAACGUACGUGAAGAAGGGAACAAAGAGUGUCCACUCGACGUUCUGCCAGACGUUCAGACGGAGAAUGGGCAGCUGAACGUAUUCCUGAUGGCCUCAAAAGAAGACGGCCCGUCUGGAACUGGAAUACCGACUGGCUCAGAAAAAGGACUGCAGAUGUGACGAGCACGAGAGAGGAAGAGGAGGAGGAGGAGGAGGAGGAGGAGGAGAAGGAGGAGAGGGGACGUGUCGAGACUCUGUGCUACUUCUUGACUGUGUGAAAAGAAAAGAUUCAAACUGAACUGAAAUGUUUCAAUUGAGAGCUCAAUCUGGAAUUCUUUUAUCUCUCUCUCUCUUUCUCAACAGACAGCAUUUUAUAUUUUCCUGCACAAGGCCAUCAUUUGCUGUCCUUUUCUUGUUUGUUUGUUUGUUUAUUUGUGUGUACAGUCCACAGUAUAUUUAUAAUUCUAAUUUAUUUAUUUAAGCUAACUGUAUUUAUGGAGAUUUUUAACCACCUUCAGCAGUUUGAAAAAAAAAAUAAUGUUACAGUUGUUUUUAUAUUUCUCAUUGGAUGAUAUUUAUUUAUAAAAUGGAAAAAGCAAAAAAUGCAGAAACUCCUUGAGGUAGUAAAUACUUUCUGAAAAGAACUGUAAUACAUCAGUAUCUAAUCUUUGACUUUAAUUUUGGCACUCAAUGAUCGAUAGCACUGCGAUGAAUACAUUGAUCAUUGAAUCGACAUGAAUUGUUCAGGGUAGUUAAAAUGAUGCUUUUUAACACCUUUCUCAUGAUUAUAACCGUUCACACCCGGAGGCUGCCCAGACUAGCCAGUUGGAUCAGCCCGCCACUUAUUGGCUCCUGCUUUUAGCAGUAGUGGGUUCACAGCCUUGCUCGAAGGCACAUCAGUAUUUUGUCAUCGGCGAAGGGACGAGCCCCGCUGCUUGACUGGUCCCACUCGGCUUUAUCCUGCAGGUUCGGGGAGGUUUAGGCCAUGUUAGGCUUCACGCUGGCUGUGCCUCAGUUUUCUAGUGACAAAUAAACACAGUGAGCAACGAGGUGCACUGGAUCAUUAUAAGUGAUGCAAAAAAAAAAAACUAUGCUCUUAGCAUUUUUGCAAAAAACAAAAAAAAAAAAGCCUUUUUACAGGAUGUCAAUCACCAAAUGCACUGUAGCAGGAAUUGGGUAUACAUAUAUCGUCAUGUCUUACCAU